CCACGGAAGAUGCAUACUAGGUAAUUUACACCUACCUAGUGUGUAUUUCUUCCCCAUGCAUGCCUCGUAGGUCACCAUCCCUACGCCUUUCUAUCCCCAUGAUCCUCACAAUCCUUUGCCCAACAACCAGGACCGCGGCAAAAGAUAACCCGAGCCGACAACCUGCAUACGCCGCGCCUUCAGCGCGCUUGGUAGGGCACUCACAUGGAAGGUUCAAUCCUGCAGGAGCUCACCGGGCUGAACAUGAACCAUAAUGAUUGUAAAUACAAUGUAUGCCGGGCUGUCAAUACGGACCUGUACCUCAUUUGAGAAACAUUAGAACUGAU